AUCUGGUGCCUACGUUGGUUACGUAACCGGCAUGUGACGUGCUUCUUAAAAUUGACAUUCAUGCCGCAGCCGAGAAAAAGACAAAGAUUUGCCACGCUCUUAUGAUCUUAUCCGCCAUUCUUUAAUGUGAAUCAUCAUCUCGAUUGUUUUCACAGUGGCCGGCGAUUCACGUUUGCAUCACUGCUACCAGAUUACGUCCGGUUCUGUUUCCUCUCAUCGUUUUCUUUCCUUCUUUUUUUCUUCUCUGAAACUUUCCCAAUAAUCUCACUAACAAUGCUCGGCAAUGGGGUUGUCGGGAUCCUCUCUGAGUCUACAAACAAGUGGGAAAGAAGGGUUCCCCUGACCCCUUCACACUGUGCUCGGUUGUUGCACGGUGGAAAGGGCAAGACUGGAGUGGCGCGGAUCAUUGUGCAGCCAUCCACCAAGCGUAUUCACCAUGAUGCUCUGUACGAGGAUGUGGGUUGUGAGGUAUCCGAUGACUUGUCAGAGUGUGGUCUCAUAUUGGGAAUCAAACAACCCAAGGUUGAUAUGAUUCUUCCUGACAGGGCUUAUGCGUUUUUCUCCCAUACCCAUAAGGCGCAGAAGGAAAAUAUGCCCUUGUUAGAUAAGAUCUUAGCAUCGAAGGCAUCACUGUUUGAUUAUGAACUUAUAGUUGGAGAUCAUGGAAAGAGGCUACUUGCAUUUGGAAAGUUUGCUGGUAGAGCUGGAAUGGUUGAUUUUUUACGUGGGCUGGGACAGUGGUAUCUUAACCUUGGGUAUUCAACCCCUUUUCUUUCACUGGGAUCAUCUUACAUGUACUCCUCAUUGGCUGCUGCCAAAGCUGCAGUAAUAUCUGUGGGUGAAGAGAUAGCCACCACUGGACUUCCUUCAGGAAUCUGUCCUCUUGUUUUUGUUUUCACUGGCUCAGGAAAUGUUUCUCACGGUGCACAAGAAAUCUUUAAGCUCCUUCCUCACACAUUUGUGGAUGCAAGCAAACUUCCAGAACUAGUUGGCCGGGCCAAGGAUCUCACUCCAAAGAGACAAUCAUCAAAGAGGGUCUUUCAAGUGUAUGGUUGUGUUGUGACUAGUCAAGAUAUGGUGGAACAUAAGGAACCUUCAAAAUCAUUUGAUAAGGUUGACUACUAUGCACACCCAGAGAACUACAAGCCUGUUUUUCACGAAAAAAUAGCCCCUUAUGCAUCUGUUAUAGUAAAUUGCAUGUACUGGGAGAGAAGAUACCCGCGGUUGAUAACCACCCAGCAGUGUCAAGAUUUGAUGAGGAAUGGGUCUCAACUGGUUGGAAUUUGUGAUAUAAGUUGUGAUAUAGAAGGCUCAAUUGAGUUCAUCAAGCAAACCACAUCUAUUGAUUCACCUUUCUGCAGAUAUGAUCCCUUCAAUAAUACAUACCAUCAUGAUAUGGAGGGAAAUGGUAUAUUAUGUUCAGCUGUGGAUAUUCUUCCAACUGAAUAUGCAAAAGAGGCUUCGCAACAUUUCGGAGACAUUUUAUCACAAUUUGUUCGAAGCUUAGCAUCUGUAGAAAGUCUUGACAAAUUACCGGCACCCUUAAGGAGAGCUUGCAUAGUCCAUUUAGGGAAUCUUACUCCCUUGUAUGACUAUAUUCCUAGAAUGAGGAACUCCGAUCUCGAAGAUUCGCCGGACGUACUUGACCACUUGACAUCCAAUAAGAAAAGAUACACCACAUUGGUCCAGCUAAGUGGUCAUUUGUUUGAUCAAUUUCUUAUAAAUGAAGCUUUGGAUAUCAUUGAAGAGGCUGGCGGCGCAUUCCACUUGGUGAAGUGUCAAGUGGGUCAGAGUUCAGAAUCCUUAUCAUACUCAGAAGUUGAAGUUGGGGCAGAUGAUAAAGCUGUUCUAGAUAGAAUACUUGAUUCUUUGAGUUCAAUAGCUAAUUCAGAUGAACAUCUGGGAUCUCGCAAUAAGAAUGCCAGUAUGCUAUCUUCAAAGGUUGGGAAAGUCCUUGAUACAAGUUUAGAGAAGGGUGCUGAUGCAAACAACAAAUACAAGGUCUUAAUUUUAGGUGCUGGUCGGGUUUGUAGACCAGCUGUUGAAUUUUUAGCAUCAUUAGGUGGUAUUUCUGCCCAAAAACAGCUAAAGUCAUGCAUCUCUGAUGACUUUGAAGAGCAAAACUGUAUUGAAGUCAGCGUUGCUUCUUUAAACUUGAAGGAUUCUGAAGAGGUUACCGAGAAUAUUUCAAAUGCAAAAGCAGUUCAGCUUGACAUCUCAAAUCAUGACAGCUUACAUAAAUACAUUUCACAGGCAGAUGUUGUUGUCAGCUUGCUUCCUCCAACUUCUCAUUCUACCGUAGCUAAUGCCUGCAUUAAGCUGAAGACAAAUCUGGUCACAAGCAGCUAUGUUGAUGAUUCUAUGACAAGUCUAAGUGAAGAUGCAAAAAGUGCUGGUGUAACCAUUCUAGCUGAAAUGGGCUUGGACCCAGGAAUAGAUCAUAUGAUGGCAAUGAAGAUUAUCAACCAAUCACAUGUAAGGAAUGGAAAGAUAAAGUCAUUUGUUUCUUACUGUGGCGGUCUUCCAUCCCCAGCAGCUGCAAACAAUCCAUUAGCUUACAAGUUCAGUUGGAGUCCAGAAGGGGUAUUAAGAGCUGGGUGCAAUCCAGCUACCUACCGAUAUCAAGGAGAAGUUGUAGAAGUUGAAGGCCAAAAUCUUUAUGAUUCCGCUUCAAAGCUUCGCAUAGGGAGUUUCCCAGCAUUUGCAUUGGAGUGUCUUCCUAACCGCAACUCUUUAAUUUAUGGGGACUUAUAUGGAAUAGGAGAAGAAGCGUCCACAGUGUUCCGAGGAACCCUUCGUUAUCAAGGUUUCAGUGAAAUAAUGGGGACACUAUCAAAGCUGGGCUUUUUCAGUACAGAACCCAUGCCCAUUCUUGAACACGGAGAGAAAUGCACAUAUGUAGAUUUUCUGCUUGGACUCCUCAAAAUUAAUGAUAAGAAAUUUUCUGCACCUUCAAUUGGAGAAAAAGACAUUAUAGAUCAGAUUAUGGCACUAGGAUGUGUUAAAGCUAAAGAUGCAGCAGCAAACACUGCCAAAACUAUCAUAUAUCUGGGCUUCCACGAACCAAGAGAAAUUCCAGUUUCCUGCAAGUCUGCAUUUGAUGUGACUUGCUCAUUAAUGGUGGAGCGGUUGACAUACUUGGAGGGAGAGCAGGACAUGGUGUUUUUGCAUCAUGAAGUGGUGGUAGAUUUUCCAGACGGACAAACUGAAACCCAUGAAGCUACUCUUUUGGAAUUUGGAAGAACUAAUAAUGGGAGGAUGACCACCGCUAUGGCUCUUACUGUUGGGAUUCCCGCAGCCAUCGGGGCAUUGUUGUUACUUUCAAACAAGAUAAAAGCAACUGGUGUUAUAAGGCCAACUGAUGCUGAGGUUUACGUACCAGCGUUGGAUAUUCUGCAAGCUUAUGGUAUAAAGCUGAUGGAGAAAGUUGAGUAGCUUCAAAUUCUAACAUUGGUUUUAUAAGGUGUAACCGUGUAAAUGUACGAAAAACAUAGAAGGAACUUAUAUUCCAAUGCCAUUGCUGUUGGUGGAAUAAAAGUUUUAUGACUAGUCAUCCCAAUUUGUAUAAUAAUAAUAAUAAACAUGUCAAUAGUGAAUGUUUACCCACAUAUUUUUGCCUGAG